UUCACCCACCACCUGUCCAAUGCUUUUACACUAAUAAUUUUCAAAGCUGAGAACCUCUCUCUGUGAUCCCUUUCCCUCUCUCAUGUGAACUAUACUAACAUCCACCUCUUCCAUUUACUUCCUUCACGUUCUGAACAAAAAUCACCUCUCCUCUCUUAUACCAUCCCAAACCCCACUUCCCCAUCCAUCGCUUCUCCACACUCCAAUGAAGGAUCUCUCCUUCUUCAUCCUCAAGAACUCCCUCUCCUCCAAGAUGAAGAAAAGCAUCCAAAGCUUCUGCAACAACAACACCUCAACCUCCACUCUCUGCCAAAGCAGCAACAAAGGCAACGAAGAGGCCAGAAAGUCGCGAACUUUAGAAGAGAUGAUAAUGCAGCUCGAAACAGAGGAAGAGGAGGCAAGGAGAUCCAUGCUUCACGACCACCAAGAUAUCCCCAGGAGAAUGUCAUGCGUUGACAGCAUCGAUAUCAUGAAUUCCGCAAGAAAUGCUCUUAAUCAAUAUCCCAGAUUCUCACUGGAUGGGAGAGAUGCCAUGUAUCGAUCUUCCUUCAGAAAUUUUGUGGAUGGAAGGAAGUCAUUUUGCGGCGUGUCAGGGAUCCGAAUGCCGCCCACUUUGGCAGGGGAGAGAGUGGUUUGGUGUAAGCCGGGAGUGGUGGCAAAGCUGAUGGGAUUGGAUGCAGUGCCUGUGCCUGUGGGGAGAGAUGGGAGGAGGUUUGGUGGUGGUGGAGGUUUUCUAAACAGGAAGCAGAGUUUGAGGAGGAUGGGGAAGCUGGAGCUGGAGAAGGAGAGGAUAAGUAUGAAUUUGAAGAGUGGGAAGGGGAUGAGAAGAGAAGAUUUGGAUAAGUUCUUGGGGCUGGAAUCU